CGGAAGUUUUUUUUUAAGAAUUAAAAUGUUUGUAUUUUGACUUUUGAUAUGAUAUACUGUAUUACUCAUAUAAGUCAUAUUCUUAAAUCUGCAUUUUUAUCAGUUUUUUUGCCUACCCAAGAGAAAGUUUUAUGCUGGGUUGUUGCCUUUGUUGGUGUGAGAACUGAGAAAAGUGAAUAUUAUUACUUCAAUUUAACAAUGAGUUUCCAUGCCUUUGUAAUUUGGGUGAUGAUAGGUUAUAAAAGCUCAAAUUUUCUUAUUCUACAUCUGUUCCGAAGUAAGCAUCUUUGGUAAAGCAAUAAAAAGUUAAAAAGAUUGAGAUUUAAGCCAUUAAACCAGAACUGAGGAAAUUGUUCAGAACACUUCCAGCAUCAAAUUUCAAAACCACCAGCCGGGAGUCAUGAAUUACUCGCAGAAUGCCAUGGCAACAAGUGGUGCUGGUGGAAACAGCAUGGUGCUCUCCAUGUCCACCGUUGCUUCGCCUGCAGACUCAUCUGCGUCAGCUACCACGGGCUCACCAGCGGAUGAUUCCAAACAGAACCUCAACCAAGUCAUCAAUUCUAUACAGAAAACCCUUGGGAUGCUCCACCAGCUCUAUCUCACUGUGUCUUCCUUCAAUGUUGCCUCCCAGCUUCCUUUUCUCCAACGCAUGAAUGCUCUUGUUUUGGAGCUUGAUAAUAUGACGAAAUUGGCUGAAAAAUGUGAUAUUCAGGUGCCCAUGGAGGUCCUUAAUUUAAUUGACAACGGGAAGAAUCCAGAUGAAUUUACUAGGGAUGUUUUGAAUAGUUGUAUUGCCAAAAACCAGAUUACCAAAGGAAAAACAGAUGCUUUCAAGGGUUUGCGAAAGCAUCUUUUGGAUGAACUUGAAGAGGCAUUUCCCGAUGAAGUGGAAGCUUAUAGAGUGAUGCGUGCAACUUCUGCUGCAGAAGCAAAACAGUUGGCUCAAGCACAAAAUGCAUUAGCGAAUGGAGAUGUAAAGUCAAAGCCAGAAAUUUAAAAACCGAGGUUUGCUUGUUUAUCUUGGUCCCUCACUCCCUCUACACCCUAAAUGCUUUAUUUGAAACUAUGAACAUUUCGAACAAUGCAGAAAAAAAAAGAAAUUACCACAACAAUCUGAUACACGCGAACACAGUUUAUUCUCGAGUACUCUAAUGCUGUUUGUGUUUGUACGUGUGUAUAGCGCUAACUUGCGACGCAAGCACUGCAAAUAUGGGCCCCGUGAUGAACCCGUUUUCGCAAAUCGCUGUGGAAUGUUGUAGUUGUAAAUUAACUAAAUUUGAAAACUCUUGACUAAAUAGUGAGGAAUUCAUGUGUGCACAGGACAGUCUCCUUUGCUUGUUUGUGUAAUUUACAUUGAUUGAAUGCAAUUCAGGAGUUCUACUAUUUCACAUAAAAAUAAAAGAAUUCAUAUGUC